AUGGUCGACCUAGCUCCUAACGAUGACUCGGCAUGGACCUCCGACUUCGAUAGCGAUAUGAUCGAGUCCGAUCUAGAGGUUCACGCACAACCAGAUCCACCAUCAGUACUACUUCCUUCGCAAGAACGUGGUAGUACAGGUGGCUAUUUGGGUGACUUCUCUGAAGUCUGGAAAGAGCUGGGCUUGCAACCUGAACACUUGUUGACUUCCCCAACACAACAACCUGACCUGCUUGCUAGCCACGAAUUUGCACAGUUGGUCAAAGGUGUAAAGUGGCGUGACGAGUACGAUGGAGCUGAUUUAGAGGACAAUGCCGAGCCAGAAACUGUAUCUGCUGCUAACCUGCGUACUCGCAAGCGUGCUGCCAGAAGAGCUCGGGCAAGAGAAAGAGAGCUGAAAGAGCAGGCGACCAAAGAAGCUAGUGCUGAAUAUCCUGACACUACGACUGACAGCGAGUCUGGCCAGGAGCUCGAGGUUUUGAGACGUUCACCGGAUCGACGGUCGCUCAUUGCAAGUCUGCUAGGGCGCCCUCGACCGUCUGAGAACGUCUCUCCACCCACAUCUCCUUCACCUCCCAAGGAACGAGCUACGUUGAAGACGCCGACCAAGAAAGAUUGGCCUGUAGCAAAUCCCUUCCUCUGGGCAGCACCUCUGCCUUCAACGCCAUCGAAGUUCAAUAUUACACCUACUGACGGUCUGACACCUAGACUGCGGAAAAUAAAUUUAAUUAACCAGCUAGCUCAUCAAUAUCCGAGUGAAGCUAAAUAUCUAAAGAAUCAAGGAUUACAGGAGCCGGCUUUCAGCCCUCUUAAUACCUCGCCCAUAGGCAUUCAUGUUUUCAUCGACAUGUCUAACAUCUCCAUUGGCUUCCACGACUGUUUGAAGGUUGCUAGAGGCAUACCUAUUGAAACAAGAGUGAGGCGCAUACCAAUGGACUUUCACAAUCUGUCUCUCAUCCUCGAAAGAGGCCGACCUGCUGCAAAACGUGUGUUGUCCGGCUCGGAUCACACUCCCGCAGUUGAGCAAGCAGAAUCCUGCGGCUACGAAACAAACAUCCUCGAUCGCGUUCACAAAGCCAAGACACCCACCCCAAAGAGGAAGAACCAACCCAGCAGAAAUGGCUCGGGUUACGCUUCUGGUCUCUCCCAUGGCGAAACCAGUGGCUCCGAAACACCUUUUAAAGCUGUCACGUACAAGUACAGUGAGCAAGCUGUCGACGAAAUACUCCAUCUCAAAAUUUCUCACUCCAUUCUCGACGCAGAGAAACCCUCCACCAUUGUUCUCGCGACUGGCGAUGCUGCCGAAGCAGAAUAUUCGGACGGGUUCCUGCGCAUGGUCGAGAGGGCUCUGAGCAAAGGUUGGAUGGUCGAACUUGUGAGCUUCAAGCUCAACACUAGCUCUUUGUAUCGCAGACGCGACUUUCGAGCAAAAUGGGGAAACAUGUUCAAGUGGGUUGUACUAGACGACUUUGUUGAGAGUCUCUUAGCAGAGGCUUGA